AUGCCUUACGUCAACGUAUGUUUGGAUCUCAGUGCUGCAAUGAAUGCCUACAAGUUCAUCUGGAAUUUUCCGUUGAAAUUUAACAAUGUUGUCAUCCAUUUGGGAGAUUUUCAUUUCAUUAAAGAAAAUUUUGGUGUCAUUGGUGGGAUUGUUGAAGCGUCGGGCUUUGAAGAUGUCGUAUAUCAAGCAGGUGUAUGCUCGUAUGGCAGUUUGAAAGAUGUUCUCUCAGGAUCACACUACAAUAGGGCAUGGAUUGUUCAUUCUGCAUUUUCAGAAGCUCUGGAAAGGCUUUUGUUCCAGAUAUUUUUGAAAGAAAAUAAUAUCGCCAUUCCAGAUUACUUCUAUGAUGCAUGUAUUGAUCCAAUAGCAAGCUGUGCUGUCAUUACUGAAAAUGCUUCAUCGUUGUAUUCAGAAUAUCAAGCUUUCAAGGAGGAAGCAAGAAAUGGUGCGUUAGGGAAAACUGCUCAAUUUUGGAUACGAACGACACACCUAGCUGUUCAAGAAAAUGAUUUUGAUCAAAGGGUAUUGGUAUGGAAAUUCUCUCUUCCGAUGUAUUUUGCUUUGAACAAGCAAAACUACGUUAGAUACGCAUCGUACUACGUUGGAGUCUUCCAAAAUAUUGACAUUCUCCAUCCCGGCCUAAGGGAAAUGCUUGACAAAUCAGGACUUGAGAACCGCAACUGA